ACUAAAAGUUUAAUUGUGUAAUAGACCAAAAUAAAUUGUUAGGGGACAAUAGACUUCUCACAAUUAAUUCAAUGGCAAAUAUAUUAAUAAGGCCUAUCGCAAUAGUUUUAAGGCCAAAUUUUAUAUAUGGACCUAUAUACAAAUUUAUUUCACAGCAUAUUUUACCUUUUUUUCUUUACCCUGGACAUCCAGUACUGUUUUCUCAAUUAAUUAUUAGUUCAAGAACUCUUUUUUUUUUUUUUCCUUUUCAAGGAAGGACCACUUGAUACUCUUCACUUUACUGUGAUAUUUUUGAUGUUGCUGGUGCCAAAUGAGUUUCAAUUUUAUAACAGUUGUUAUUCUAUAUGGCGUACCAAGUCAGUUUUAAAUCCUCCAUAUUGUCAUAGUGAUUGUUGAUGGAGGAGUUGAACUUAGAGUUGUUACUGAUCCUUUAAUGGUAGGUAUUCUUAAUGCAAUUCAUGCUCAACUUGCAGGCAUAGCUGAGGUCGGUGUGAUGAUUGUGAGUACUACAUUAGUGACACUUGUAAUGCUUCUGAUCUGGCAGACUAAUUUGUUUCUGGCUUUAUGUUUCCCACUUGUUUUUGGGUCAGUAGAACUCAUUUACAUGUCUGCGGUUCUAUCAAAAAUCAAAGAGGGUGGAUGGCUUCCACUUGUAUUUGCCAGUUGUUUCCUUUCUGUGAUGUACAUUUGGAACUAUGGGAGUGUGUUGAAAUACCAGAGUGAGGUAAGGGAAAAGAUUUCCAUGGAUUUCAUGCUUGAGCUUGGUUCCACCCUGGGGACCGUUAGAGUUCCUGGAAUCGGAUUGUUGUACAAUGAGCUUGUCUAUGGUAUUCCCUCGAUAUUGGGGCAGUAUCUACUAAGUCUUCCAGCAAUCCACUCUACUAUAGUAUUUGUUUGCAUCAAGUAUGUCCCUGUUCCGGUGGUUCCUCAAGAGGAGAGGUUUCUUUUCCGAAGAGUUUGCCCAAAAGACUACCAUAUGUUCCGCUGUGUUGCCCGGUAUGGUUACAAAGAUGUCAGGAAGGAAGAUCACCAUGCGUUUGAGCAACUUUUGGUCGAAAGCCUUGAAAAGUUUUUGCGAAGAGAGGCUCAGGAUCUUGCCUUGGAGAGCAAUUUGAACGAGUUGGACAUGGAUAGUGUUUCAGUGACGUCAAAGGAUUCUGGGGCCCCAGCUGGUGACGGGACUGAGGACCUAAGGAUUCCUUUGAUGCAUGAUCAAAGAUCAGGAGAACCUGGGACUUCUGCUUCGGAAGAAGCAUCCUCAGCAUUGCCUUCUAGUGUCAUGUCAUCAGAGGAAGACCCAAGUCUAGAAUAUGAGCUUGCAGCUCUUAAAGAAGCAAAAGACUCAGGAUUUACUUACCUGCUCGCUCAUGGGGAUGUAAGAGCAAAGAAAAAUUCCUUUUUUCUCAAGAAAUUGGUUAUCAACUACUUCUAUACAUUCUUGAGGAGGAAUUGUAGAGGUGGCGCAGCCACUAUGCGAGUACCUCACAUGAAUAUCCUGCAAGUUGGGAUGACAUACAUGGUCUAAUUCAUUUGAUCCCCUGCAAUUUGUUGUUGUCGGCCACCUAUUGCGGCCUCUGUGAAGCCUCAAUGAACUUUUAGGAAAAUCUUUGUACUUUGCUUUUUUGCUGCUUUUGAGUGGAAUUCUUAAUGGAUUUGUUCUGUAAUAUAUUAUUCUUCUUGUCA